UUUGUAUUUUAGAGCAUGUUGAUGAGCUAUGGGGUUUCAGAGCAGACAAAGUGGAUGAUGCCACAAUCCUACCUGACAGGAAUCAAGGUGAUUGGAUGUUCAUCUUAUUCUUUCUAUGUUAAUUUUGAUCACAUUUCUAUUAACUUUUGUUCUGUAGCUAAUCCACCUUCCGCACUGCCUACUGUUGCCACCUGCAUGGAUGAUCUUGACAACCAUGCUUCAGUUCAUGGUGGAUCAUCUGGUGACGCCAAUGUUAGUAAGGAGGUACCUGCAAAUCUCAAGCAUUUACCUCCGUCGGGACAAUUCUGCCAGACUGUUGAGACAUUGGAGACAGGAGCUGAGAUGACGAGGCAUGAAGCAAAUAUUGAUGAUGAUAGGUGCGAAGAAGAAGAGGCUAGAGACAUAUCUGCACGCGAAGCUGCUAUGCCUGCAGAUCAGCAUGUAGUUUCAGGUGCAUGUAUCCCUUUUGAUGACUUGAUGCUUAGACUUCAGAAUGAUCCAAGAGUAGCUCUAUACGACGGCGUAGAAACGGAUUAUGAUGAUAUAGACUGGGACCUGGAUCUAGGACAAUAUGGUGCUGAACUUAUUCGACCAUUGAGUCAAGGAUCUGUGGCAUUUCAUUUGGAAGAAACUACAGGGGAGGCCGACAAUCAGACCCGGGCGGUCUGGGGGAGCACGUUUGCCUCUCGCCUACUGAGCGAUGCCCAGUUCUCUCCUGCUGGUGAAAUUCAAACCCAGGUAUGCCAGGAACAUCAAACAUUGGCGCGAAGCUCAAAAACAGUUGCUGCUAGGGCUAGGGCUCUACAUUGUCAUCGCCAAACCAGCAAGUCAAAGAUUUCGGAGCCUGCUGCUACCGAGCCUGCCAAAGCUUCUUCCUAUCAGACACACGGCCGAGCUCGGAAGAGCAAAACCUCUUCGCUAUCCUGUCACAAAUCAACCAACGCAGUACAUGUUGCUGUGUUACAUAAUGAUAAACCAUGUGUAACUCGCAAGCAGUCGGGAAAGAGGCCCUCGAAGCUAGUGUUGCCCUUCCAGAGUAAAGUCAAAAAAGGUGCAAAAAAGACAGCUGCAGAGACACUUGAUAGGAAGGAAGAAGCUGCAAAAAUGAAGGCUGCAGAGGCUGAAGCAAGGAAGAAGGCAGCUGCCGCGAAGAAAGGAGCAAGGAAGCUAGCAGCUGCGAUGAAGAGGGCAGAUGGUAAAGAGGCCAAGAAGAAAGCAUCUGCAGAGAAGAAAACCCCAUCUACUGCUAAAACAAUAAAAGAGAACUUCGGUUUUGACAUUUUCAGGGCUUAGAUCACAAAGUGUAAUCCAAGAGACGAAAUUCGGUGUUUUGACAUUUGCAGGUCUUUAGUCUCCGAGUGAGCAAUCUGCUAUUUUCGCUUGCACAAUCUAUCUACAACCUGCUGUGUCUUUUGUACAAUUG